CAAAUAAACGUAUAUAACUGCCAAUUAUGUCAGGUAAUUAAAUCAAUUGAAGGAUUAUUUUAAUUUGAAUUAUACAGUCUUGUCGUGUUUUAUUAUUGAUUUAUCCUUUUUCUUUCGACAAAAUGCAAGCUGCAACGAAUGUCAAUUGACAAGUGCGUGGGUGCGCAGCUGCAAAUAGAUGGAGACGCUGGAAAAAAUGGCUGACUGCGAGAAGGAGGAGGCUCACAAUCUCCAAAUGGAAUUUGAAUGGGUUCUUCAUGAGGAGGUACACUCCUCCUUGUCACAGCUGCGAAACAUUCUGACAGAGUGUGCCCAACGUUUUCCUUUGACCUUAUUUGGAAACGAUCAGCAGAAUAAAACAGACAGGUUUGUUUUCACUGCUCCCCACGACCAGGUCAAAUGUGUAAUUGUUCUUACAGGGGAUAGCAUUACUAAUGCAGAAGUAAAUUUUAAAAUACAACGUCAGCAGAAUACCACAAUGCGAACUAGUAUACAGAACGACCAUCCUUGGAAGCUUCAGCAAAUUCAGGAUGCUGCAAAUCAUUUGCAGCAAGCCAUUGCUCAUAUUGACAAUGUUGAUCGUCACUACCUCUUUAAAACUUCUGACGAGGUCAUGCAUGUUCUGGGAAAUAUUCUAGGUUGUCUCCAACGCAGUAGAACAAGCUUAAUUGUUCCUAGAAAAAAAACUAUAGACGACCUGAUCAAAAGUCGUAACAUGAAAUCAUUAAAUCCAAACCUACCUGACAAUUUAGCAAUCAGUUUUUACAUUCAGAGUUAUAAAUUGGUAUUGGCCGUUUAUCAGCUGGAAAACUCACAUGGAAGUGUGAAAUACGAAACUCAUCAGGCGGAAUGCAGUGUGCCUUGGCUAAAUGACGCUCUAGUCUUGCUUACCAUAUCUUUACAGCUAUGUCAGAGGUUAAAAGAUAAGAUCUGCGUGUUCUCGCAAUAUAAAGACUUCACUGUCGGAUCGCGCGUUCCUUCAGCAAUGGAUUAAGAAUCCAAGUUUCGUGAAAUUGAUGCAUCUCAUGGAGAAUUUAUUCAAUUGAAAGCGAAAAUACUUAAUUCUCUGUAAAACGAUGUAUUUCUCUGACAUUCAGCCUAUUUUUUUUAGUCAUUUACAUUUCGGGUCUGUUUAUAAACGGCAAGUUUCCUAGUUUUGAUCAAAAACUGCGCUUGAUUAAAAUUAUGUGCAAGUUUUGUGUAUUGAGCACAUUAGGUCAAAUGGUUCACUUAAUAUUGGCGGGAAACUUUUAUCCCAAUUUUUUUCCUUUCCUUUUCUGUUGCAAGAAACGUUCAAUUUUGAAUGCUCGUAAUACAUGGUGCCAUUUAGUCCGGAAUUUUGAUGGUGUUAACCGUAGAUGUAUGGUAAUUCAUAAUUUAUUUUAAAAAAGAAUUGUUGUUAGCGUAUGGAUAGCAUUUUUGUAGUUUAAGGCGACAAGUAGUAUCGAAAAAUGGAUAAUCUGAAAGAUGGCGAUGGUGUGUAUUUAAGGACGAAAAAAAGUACAACGCAAUGGUUACCAGAACUUGCGAAAUUUCCGUUCUAUCGAACCAUCAAAAAACGAGAAACUUGACAAGUACUUCGCCAAUUGUUUACGUGCCUAGAUCAACGUUUUUUUCCUGCAGUAUUUCUUAUUUAUGAAUGUUAACCUUUUAAAACUAGAAUUAACUGACCGUUGUUGUAAAUCCGAGAAAUCUUGUAGUCAACUAAAUUAAAUAUGUGCCCUAAAAUAUAUUGACCGGAAUGUAUCAUGUUGGUGAAUCGAAUAACGAGUUCGGAUUCUGUCAGAGUGAAAAGAGCGCAAGGCCAUAUACUCCUAUGAGACGGAUUUUUGUAAAUAGUAUUAUUACUAAUUGUAAUCGUUAUUGUCGUUAUUUGUGCUAAUUAAUCGUGUUCAUAAUGCGUACGUUUUAACACUGCGUUCUACAAGAAUUUAAUUAUUUAUAAUACGGGACGAACAGCAGUUGAUGUCACUAAGUGUCAAAUUUCCGUGCAUCGUUUAGUGAAAUAUUUUUUAGCUAUCUGGAUUCGACGACUGGUCCGCACUGAGAGCGUUUGUUAUCAUCACAUUGUACCGCAUUUGAUAUCGAAACGUUCCGAUGUGUUGUAAUGCAUCUCGACCUAACAGCUGCCUUCAAAAUAAUUAUCUUGUACAAGCGGCAUCUGUAGUUACAUUCGAAGGGCAUGACGUAACUGCGUUCUAUGCAGAUAUUCGAAAUUGAAAAGCCUUCCUUGGUGAGUGACUGUUUUCUUUUCUAAUAUUUUUUAGUUACUAGGUCAAGACAAUUGUAUAAUUCGACAAUAAAGAUAGAUAUGUUGAUGUCAUUGUGAA